UUUUUCUUUCUUUAAUAUAUUGACUAUGGACAAAUUCUUGACAGAAUUAAAUAGAAACAUGUAGUUACAUGGGGUAGAGUCAGAUAAGCUUAGGCUUCCUUCUACUCCCUUUUUGAACAAAUAUGAUUUUACGAUAAAGGAAAAUUAUGAUGCAAUAUCUUUUUUCUUUUAUAUUCUAUUGUAUUAUGGAGUUAUCAUUUUUCUGUAUUUUUAUUUUUUUCUUGUAUUUCUUUAAUGUUCGAAAUAAACGUUUAAAAAAAAAAAAAAAAUCAUAUCGGAUCGGUAUCGGGUAUCGACCGAUACGCAAAGCCACGGCAUCGGUAUCGGUAUCGGAACUGAAAAAGUCGGAUCGGUGCAUCUCUAGUUUCAUCCUCGGGGGCCGCAAAAAUAAUCCGGGGAUUGUCCUUAUCAAUGUGUUCCACUAAACUCCCCGAAAGAUUUGUACGGCUUUAUUUUUGGCAGCAACGCGUUUGACUUACAUAAUGGGCUUUCAUCGGCAACCGCCAUUCCGAUCUGGGUAAAUCCUAAAGAUGAAUUCUUCACAUCUACAAAAAGACACGCGUGUGUUAGGCGCAUGUUUAAUUUUAGGCAGGCGCGCGUGCGACGGCGCCGCUGCUCUUUUUUUUUAUUUUCAAAGAGCUGUAAUAUGAAGGGGCAGCCUGUUUGUUUAAUGCACACGUCAGCCAGCUCCAGCUGACAGCGUUUGUGUGUGUCAGAAAAGAAAUUGCCGGGAAGGUUGGCGGAGAAAUCCACCGAGGCGAGAUGGAAGCGGAGAUGCGGCGCUGUUACGUAACACAGGCAACCCCGCGCUGGCCCGACUGUCGGCCGUGCAGGGAUGCUGUGAUAUAAUCCACACAGACCGGCUGGCACGCAUCUCAUUAUCUGUCAAGUGAGGCAUGCAGACCCAUAAAGGGAAUGUCAGUGUUUAGAUGACAUCCCCAAACGCGCCUUUUCUCUGCUUUCCAUGACUACAUCGAUGCCCACCCCGAGACCAUCGUCCUGGACCCCCUGCCGGCUAUCAGGACUCUGCUGGACCGUUGCAAGUCUUACCAGCUCAUCCACAGGAUAGAAAGCUGUAUGCAAGACGAGAGGAUUUGCUCUCCUCCGUUCAUGGUGCUCAACACCGAGUGCAGCCCGGAUGUGCUGGAGCAGAUCAGGAAUCGCGGACUCACAUUCCCCUUCAUUUGCAAAACUCGAGUGGCCCAUGGAACCAACUCCCAUGAGAUGGCUAUUAUCUUCAGCGAGGAUGACCUGAAGGACGUGAAACCCCCCUGCGUCAUCCAGAAUUUCAUCAACCACAAUGCUGUGCUCUACAAGGUAUUUGUGGUUGGAGACUCCUACACAGUGGUGGAGAGGCCCUCCCUCAAGAAUUUCCCCGCCGGGCCUGCAGACAGGAAAGCCAUUUUCUUCAACAGCCACAAUGUUUCCAAGCCGGAGUCGUCCUCAGACUUGACCUCGAGGGAGAACGUGGAGGGUGUGUCUCAGCCUCCCAGCGACGACGUCAUCCGAGAACUGUCCAGGCGCUUGCGGCAGGCGCUGGGCGUGUCCUUGUUCGGCAUCGACGUCAUCAUCAAUAACCAAACUGGCCAGCACGCCGUCAUCGACGUCAACGCCUUCCCUGGUUAUGAGGGCGUCCCCGAGUUCUUCAACGAGCUGCUCAACCACAUCAGCAGUGUGCUCCAGAGCCAUGUCGGCCCAUCCGACCCAUCUCCCGCCGGCGAGCCACCCAAAGGUCUGAGCCCCGCUGCCGCCGCCUCCCCGUGGAUGGUGGAGGGCGACACGGGACUGAAGGGCGCCCGUCACCAGCGGCUGGGCUGCAGCUCGCCCAUGUCGCCCAACUUUCAACAGCACUGCGUGUCCACCAUAGCCACAAAGGCCUCCUCCCAGUGACUCUGCCCCGUACCGCCCAGCCCCAGCAAGAACACACAUUGUCACAACGGUGACAAUAAUGAUUACUAAAUCAUAAUCAUUCAAAUGAUACUAUCUCUAAUCACAACCUUUUCCAGUGUAGUCCUUGCAAAUGAUGGUGAUUGAGUGUAAAGCUUUUUCCGCUCUCUUUUUGCCUUUUUUUUUUUUUUUUUUCGUCCAAUGGGACUUUUGUCAGUACUGUAAUGUGAACCUUUUGGGAAGUCAUUUGCUGCAGUGACACCCGGCUCGGCAUUUUCAGACUGGGGAAAGAUGUGCCACUCGAUGUGCAAUGUGUGUGUGAGUGUGUGUGUGCGCGUGUUGUGCGUUGUGUUCAACACCACUGAUUCCUCUAUAAGGGGAGAGAGCGUGCAUUUGAACUAAAAGAUAAGCUGUUGACUUUCCGAGUGCCAUCAAAUUUUAGACUUGAGUUGACACAGCUGAGAAGGAAUUCUCAAAAUGACCAAGUGAGCGCAAGAAGACAUUCCGCUUUGUUUCUUCUUUCUUUUGUUUGUCUGCUUUUUUGUUCCACGAAAUGAACUGUGCAAGAUUCCAUGCGAUUCGUCACAGCAUUUUUUUUUUUUCAUAGAGUCUAUUGUCUAAUUUUUUUUUCUUCUUAUGCUCACUGCCUUCCGAGCGUAAUUUAUUCCACUGAUUGUUUUAGAUCAAAUAUGCCGUCAACACUUUAAAGGAGAUGAUUAAAUAACUAACAUUGGUUAAUGGGGCAGUUUGCUUGAUUGGACCCCUCACACACAACUUUUUAAACAUUCAGCUGAAUGUGAAUCCAGCUGUAAAUGUUUAAAUAGCACAUGUGGGAUGUGAUUUUUUUUAUUUUUUUUAAAUGUAUUAAAUGGGAUUUUAUGAAAAAUUGUUUUAUAUGAAUGACAGCAUGUGAACAAAUGUAUUUACUAGAAGAAAAGGUUUUCUUUUCUGAAAAAAAAAAGACAAAUUGGAGAACAAAGGGAUAGAUGUGUGCAAAACACCCAAAAUCUGGAAAUUUGUCUUCCUCUAAGUCUGCUUCCUGGACACCUCAACUCUUCUUCCUCAUCCAUAGAGUUGAUUUGGCAAUGGAAUUAAGUCUGCCUUUUUCCACGGGUCAGAUGGGAAUAAGUAUUAAGCAGCAAAUUGAUAGAUGUGUUAUGACCCUUGGAGACCCCCCCAGAUAGGGAAAAGGCUGCCCACCCUUGCUGUAAAGUCACAUCAUCUCACCAGCACUCAACACACUUGACCUUCAUUUAAAGGCGUAGCGGCCCAGGGGUGUCGAACUCCAGUCCUCGUGGGCCGCGUUCCAAUAUGUUUUCCAAGUUACCCUCGUUAAACACACCUGAGUGAAAAGUUGAGGGCAUUUUCAUGGUCUGCAGGAGCCUAACUUUUCACACAGGUGCACUUAAUGAGGCAACGGGGGCCGCGUACCAAUAUGUUUUCCAAGUUACCCUCGUUAAACACACCUGAGUGAAAAGUUGAGAGCAUUUUCAUGGUCUGCAGGAGCCCAACUUUUCACACAGGUGCACUAACGAGGGGAUCUUGGAAAACAUGUUGGAAUGCGGCCCCUGAGGAUUGGAGUGCGACACCCCUGCCGUAGCCUGAAAGGGGCAGGCUUAGAGGAAGUCUGUUUUGUCACACUUUUACAUGACCAAAAAAAAAAAAAAAAAAGUAAAUCCUACCUGUGGUCACGUGUAAGCCCUCGUGUGAUCAUGAUCAGUAAGCUCGCUUUCCACUUUCAAAAUGUUUACUCCUUGGGUGUCGUGUACAGUCGGUGUAUAUACGCCUAAGCUUGCUUCCAUACAGUGCGUUGUUUAGUAUGCAAUGUCAUGGAAAGGAAUCCAUCAUUUGUUUUUUAAUCAGUCAACUCACCGAGAUGAAAUAAAUGAGUGGAAAUCUC